CGGCAACGCACUCACAUCGCUCGAAAACAUGUACUGGCCCGCUCUCACGUGCUUGGAACUCAGCGGCAACAGCGCCCUCCAGAGCAUCAAAAACUUGAAGCUCACGAACGCGAUCGACUAUUUCGGCGCCACGUCGACUGCUCUUAGCUUCAUCUCGAUCGAUGCGACAACGUACUUUGCCCUUCGCCGCCUCGUACCGACGCCUGUCAACGUUGCGCAGUCUGGCGUCGCGUCCUUUGACGGCAGCGUGCUCAGCGCCGCUUGUGGCGCCAUCAAAGACGGUGUGAUUCAACCGCUUUGGUCUUGGAAUUCUGUGUACGCGUGGUCGGCGUGUGUUGUGUCACCCCCGAAAGCGUCGGCCCCCGCCACCACCAAAAGCUACGACUGGGCCAUUGUUGUGGCCGCCGUUGCUGGAUUGCUAGCGCUUCUCGGCACAGCCUUUGUUCUCUACAAGCGCCGACGCCGCUACGCCGAGGUCGAGACGUCCGAUGGACUGGCCACCGAACUCGACGCCAGCACGCGGUUGAGCCGCCCCUCCAUAGCCAUGAACCAUUGUAAGCUACGCUCACUCUCGCCGACGAUUGCGUGGCCGUCCAACCUCGAGUCCUUGUACGGACGCCACUUUGCGAUCGCCGAGGACGCGGCGAUUCUCGCAGCCGACGACAACUGCCCACCGACGGCGCCUGUGUGCUUGCUCAACAAGCAGUGCGUCCCACGCAACUUCGACUACUACGCUCUGGUGGGAACUCUGUCGACGGAUCAGACGGAUUCAAGUGCGACCCACACGGCCACCUACUCGUUCGCUGCUGUCGGCAAUGUCACCAACUACGCCAACGCGACGCUCGGGUUUGAUUGCGGCGGUGGGUACCUCGACCUCUCCCAGCUCCUGUUGCCAAACACGCUCAACAGCACGCGGGCGAGUCGCCCUACCAUAGUCAUGAACCAUUGUAAGCUACGCUCACUCUCGCCCGCGAUUCUUUGGCCGUCGAACCUCGAAUCGCUCGCAGGCAACGAACUGAGUGCGCUGCCCCCGAACCUCCCCGAGACUCUUCGCAUACUGCGGCUCAGUGGCAAUCACAUUGAAGACAUUACUGCGCUACGACCUCUCCCAUUGACCUACUUGUAGUGUGGACAACAUGUCUUCUUGUG